UCUCUCUCUCCCCUCCACCCCUCUUCUCCUUCCCCCUCUCUCUACCUCUCACUCUGCCUUUCAUACAUACGCCAGAGCACAGACUGCAACGGAACGGGCCAGUAGGAUUUUCCUCAUCCUGGAACAGCCGAGAAACCAGGGAGACCGUUACCCGCCGAGGAGGAGAGAGACGUUAUUCAUGGAGGAUCCACCGAGGAGUAUCUGACCCACAAGCUGCCGAGUGUGUAGGUUUGCAUCUGGCUCUCAGAAGCAGUUGUGUGGACUCCUACACACACCCAUCCCUCGACGGGACCGGCCCACUCCCUCCUUAGUUAGGAAUAGGAUGCCCGGCUCUGCGCCCUUGUGCUGAGGUGGCGUCUGCGGGCGAAAGUAUGGGCGCUGUGCUGACCGGAAUCCCCACCACCCCCUCCACCACCGAUCUGCCACCACCACGCCGCCCCACCAAGACGGGCGCUUUCCCCAGCCCCGCCGAUGGGCGAAGACACUGACGCCACCCCGACGCUCAACCACCGCGGCUUCCUCCCCGACCACAACUAUGUGACUGAAGCAUUGCCCGGUGCUGAAGUAGCGUGUCUGCCAAACAAUUAUCCAACAGUGCUCUAAAGGCUGCUCAAACACAAUGUGCCUCUGGCUGCUCCUGGCUAUAGCCUGAAGAGCUCCGCCCAUCCUGUCCAUCCCUCUCCACCCUGGAGUCCUCCCCCAGGAUGUUGAGCCCCAUCCAGGUCCUGUGCUCCGACAUCACUACCCUUUCUCUGGAGCCCGAGCCGUUUGCCUCUUACACUGAAGCUGAUAUCAUCUCCACUGUUGAAUUCAACCACACCGGAGAGCUCCUGGCCACAGGGGACAAGGGAGGCCGAGUGGUCAUCUUUCAGAGAGAACCUGAGAGCAAGAGUGAGCCAUUCUCCCAGGGCGAGUACAAUGUCUACAGCACCUUCCAGAGUCAUGAGCCCGAGUUCGACUACCUUAAGAGUCUGGAGAUUGAGGAGAAGAUCAAUAAGAUCCGAUGGCUGCCUCAGCAGAAUGCCGCACAGUUCCUUCUCUCCACCAAUGAUAAGACCAUUAAGUUGUGGAAGGUGAGUGAAAGAGACAAACGACCGGAGGGAUACAACCUGAAGGAUGAGGAGGGUCGCAUCAAGGACAUCUCCACUGUCACCUCCCUACAGGUGCCAGUGUUGAUGCCCAUGGACCUGAUGGUGGAGGUGAGUCCACGGCGAGUGUUUGCCAAUGCCCACACUUACCACGUCAACUCCAUCUCCGUCAACUCCGACUAUAUGACCUACAUGUCAGCUGAUGACUUGAGGAUCAACCUUUGGCAUCUGGACAUCACCGACCGCAGCUUCAACAUUGUGGACAUCAAGCCAGUCAACAUGGAGGAUCUGACAGAGGUGAUUACAGCGGCUGAGUUUCACCCCCACCACUGUAACUUGUUUGUCUAUAGCAGCAGCAAAGGCACCCUGCGCCUCUGUGACAUGAGAGAAGCAGCGCUGUGCGACAAACACUCCAAAUUGUUUGAGGAGCCCGAGGAUCCCAGCGCCCGCUCCUUCUUCUCUGAGAUCAUCUCCUCUGUGUCGGACGUCAAGUUCAGCCACAGCGGUCGCUACCUGCUUACCAGAGACUACCUGACUGCCAAAGUCUGGGACCUCAACAUGGAGAGCAAGCCCCUGGAGACAUACCAGGUUCACGAUUACCUUCGCAGCAAGUUGUGUUCCCUUUACGAAAACGACUGCAUCUUUGACAAGUUUGAGUGUGCCUGGAACGGCUCUGACAGUGUGAUCAUGACCGGAGCUUACAACAACUUCUUCCGCAUGUUCGACCGGAACACCAAACGCGACGUGACCCUGGAGGCGUCGAGGGAGAGCAGCAAACCCAGGGCUGUCCUGAAGCCGCGGCGGGUGUGUGCCGCUGGGGGAAAGCGGCGAAAGGACGACAUCAGCGUGGACAGCCUGGACUUCACCAAGAAGAUCCUCCACACUGCCUGGCACCCAAAUGAGAACAUCAUCGCCAUCGCCGCCACCAACAACCUGUACAUCUUCCAGGACAAACUCAACUCUGAGAUGCAUUGAUAAAGGGAUGUCAACAGUGAAACAAGUUUACACCUGAACACACAGCUAUGCCAGAAUGUACACAUUACACACACACACACACACACACACACCUCUAGGUCUAUUCUUUGACACACUCCCUCACCUCCUUCCCCCCAGCCUCCCAGAACUUAAAGGACCUAGAAAGGGCUAGAAAAGGGAACGGGCUGGAUUACGCAGUGGAUUAUGGAUUGCAAAAUUGUCCAAACUGUGGAUUUCCUGAUUGUUAAACUCUGGAUUGGGCUUGAUGGCGUGUUGAUUGCUACAGCUCAGCUUCUGAGGGGAUACCCCCCCCCCCCCCCCCCCCCCCCCCCCCAGACUGGAGAGAUGUUUACAUAAUUGUCAUUUCUAUUUCUUUUUUUGUUAUUUAGACUCUUUUUCUUUCUCCACCACCUCCUCCACAUCCUCUCCUUUCUGUAUUUGUGUGCUCAAGCGAUGCCUAUUCUUAUCCCUUGCCCACUGUUUUGUGUAACGACCCUUUGUGGUUGUCAACCAGCGUAACUGACCGAAAAUGGGGCAUUUAUGUAACUUAUUGUUUGUUUGAUUUCAGAUCAGCUACCGCAUCUUCUGUUUUUUGUAACUUCUCGUAAAAUGAUGUUAAUGAUGGCGAUUAGGAUGAGAAUGGCUAUUUAAAAUGAUAUGUGUGAUGUGCAAGAAUGAAUUCAGGACCCUCCCCUUAACCCAAGUGCACCCAGACGCCUCUGAGCUCCACUGGGCCGUGUUCAGUGAGGUAAAACAUUUACAGUCCUGCAGAUAGAAGCAGAAGUUCCACCAUGGCCUAAUAUGAGGACUCACACUCAUAUCUGCUCCACACAGUGUGUUUCAGUCAUUAGUGUACUCUCUGGUUCUGCUUCUGGUCUAGGGCUAUGUCGUGUGCUACUUUGCCAUUAAAUACAACUCAAAUGAAGAAACAACAACAA